AUGCUUUCCUCGGUCAGACUUAUCUCGCGGCGGGUGGCGGUGUCCCGCAACCUGACCGCCCUGCGCGCCGCCUCCACCUGGGCCAAUGUUCCCCAGGGUCCUCCUGCCAUUCUCGGUAUCACAGAAGCCUUCAAGGCCGACAAGUUCGAAAAGAAGAUCAACCUCGGUGUUGGUGCCUAUCGCGAUGAUGCUGGCAAGCCCUAUGUUCUACCAUCGGUGCGCAAGGCUGAGGAGAAGGUGAUUUCGGCUCGCCUGAACAAAGAGUACGCUCCCAUUACGGGUCUUCCCGAGUUCACCAAGGCCGCUGCUGUACUCGCCUACGGCAAGAACAGCUCGGCUCUUGACCGUCUGGCCAUCACCCAGUCCAUCUCGGGUACUGGUGCUCUGCGCAUUGGCGCUGCCUUCCUCGCCCGCUUCUACCCCGGCGAGAAGACCAUUUACAUUCCCACCCCCUCGUGGGCCAACCACGUCAAUGUCUUCACGGAUGCCGGCCUCAAGGUCGAGAAGUAUACCUAUUACAACAAGGAUACCAUCAGCCUUGACUUUGAGGGCUUGAUUGCGGACAUCAAGAAGGCCCCCAACGGCAGCAUGUUCCUGUUCCACGCCUGCGCCCACAACCCUACUGGUGUCGACCCGACUCCUGAGCAGUGGAAGCAAAUCGAGGCCGCCGUGAAGGAGAAGGGCCACUUCGCCUUCUUCGACAUGGCCUACCAGGGCUUCGCCAGCGGCGACAUCCACAAGGAUGCCUUCGCGGUGCGCUACUUCGUUGAGCAGGGCCACAACAUCUGUCUGGCCCAGUCGUUCGCCAAGAACAUGGGCCUGUACGGCGAGCGCAUCGGUGCUUUCUCCAUCGUGUGUGAGAGCGCAGAGGAGAGCAAACGUGUUGACUCGCAGAUCAAGAUAUUGGUCCGCCCCAUGUACUCCAACCCCCCGAUCCACGGCGCCCGCAUCGCUGCCGAGAUCCUCAAUACGCCCGAGCUGUACGAGCAAUGGCUCGUUGAGGUUAAGGGCAUGGCCGAUCGCAUCAUCAAGAUGCGCGCCCUGCUCAAGGAGAACCUGGAGAAGCUCGGUUCUAAGCAUGACUGGAGUCACAUCACCAGUCAGAUUGGCAUGUUUGCCUACACCGGCCUGACUCCGGAGCAGAUGGACAAGCUUGCCAAGGAGCACAGCGUCUACGCCACCCGUGACGGUCGCAUUUCCGUUGCUGGCAUCACUAGCGACAACGUUGGCCGUCUUGCUGAGGCUAUCUUCAAAGUUAAGGGCUAA